UGAGAUUGGAGUAAAGUGACUCACAUUGCACUUACAUUACAGGGGCAAAUCUGCGCUUUUUGGACAACGUUAAGGCGGAAUUUAAGAUUUUGACGCCUAGGCAAGAAUCUAGACUUAAUACUCACACGGUCUGUCCGUUUCUUUUGACCUCAGAGCAAGGGAUUUUUAAGUUAUCUGUCGAGCUGGUUAGUCGCACCAUCAUACAAGCUUUGAGCAUCUAUCGGGCCGUCGGCUCAUAAGAUAACUACACAAAGUGCAGCUCCAUUGGACUUUAUGAUGUCUGAGGAAACUGCAGCAGGAGAGGUAGAGGAGAAGAAACAUUCUCCGAAAUGUGGAAGGCUCGUAUUUCGUGGAGUUGAACUGGCAUAUCUGAAUAUCGAUGGUGAAUUCUUGUUGCCUCUAGCGGAACUGUUGGCUUUGAUUCUACCAUCAACACCGCGCACAACGUUAUUUACAAGGAUGGAAAAAAUGAAAGUUCGCAGACAUUUCUGCGAUCCCGAAGAAAUCAAACUUCUGAAAACAGUGAAUGGAAUUCACGGUUCGUCUGCCAACUGUACCCUACUUUCUAAAACAGAAGUAGAGAAAUAUUGCUCAAUCUAUAUCGACAAGCGUAACGAACUGAACCAAACGAGACGAGGGGAUGUAACUGCAGAGCCAUUUGGAAGUGAGAGUGAUCGACGAGAAAACGGUUGUAAAGAUAAGGAGAACAGUGAAACGACCUACCAAAACAACAAAGCAAUCCCGAACAAAUUAGCAGUGCUUGAUAAACACAAGAAAUUGACGCCGCUUAGACGUAACCUGAAGUUAACGAAAUUCGUGAGAGGGAAGAAACUAAAAUUACGCUCGGAAGCUGAUUGUCAAGUAAAUAAAACAUUAACGGACAAUACAACUUGUGCGGCCAUUGACGGAGAUCUAACUUCUGGAAACGUUAAUGAAUGCGGGGAAGGUUUUCUGGUGGUGCCGCCGUGUUCUUCGCACAAGGAGAAGAAUUGUACACAAACGCAAGCCCUCGAAAAACUCGCCAUGAGCAAGAAACGCUCAAACGAGCGUGACAGUGUUGAUGGGAACAGAACGAUUCGUAAAGGGACUACAGGGAAGAAAAGAUCGGCUAAUGAUCUGGACAAACGGGGAGCUUUUGGAUCGCCAUUGAAAAUUCCCAAGAGGAGCGAGUUAAAUAGGCAUGUGGAAACCAACAAAAUAGUAAAUGGAACGGCUCAAUUUCGCUUUUAUCGUUACUCAUCGAAAAAGCAAGACGUUGACUCUCUCAUUUCUGAUUCAUCGUCAACUGACAGCGGCUUCGCGUCAAAGUCGUUGUCAAAUGCAAGUACACCAACGAAAACUGAUUUUUCAGCUGUUGAGCUAACCAGGUUGUUAAGAAAAGACGAAAAGGUUAAAGUCACUACACCGAAGAAGAACAAAACAAGCGAGGAAGACUACGGGAAAAGCUUGACUCUAUCGCCUCCAGCUUUAUUGUUAAAACGAUAUGAAGAUUCUUGGCUGGUAGAAGAAAAAAGCCCCGUCAGUGCAAAGUUCGCGGGAACGAAACUAUUGCCUAAAGAUGAAGCGAAGCCUAGAAAAACGAAGAAGAAAGCAAGCUUGACACCAUUAUUCGAAGAAGUUUGCGGACCAGUGAAACCUCUUUCUGAUAAAAAAGAAGUGAGGAUAAAGAAAAAAAGUUUUAGGAAACCACCAAGUUUGAAAGAGGAAAUCGGAAGCCGCGAACCACUUAUCACCAACAAUUUAAUCGUCAAGGAAAGGCACGACCUCAAAGGAUUUAAGAAGAAACCAAAGCGAAAAGACAAACUUCUCAAGUUCAAAUCUCUCAAAGGCCAAACUUUGUUGAACGGGAAAGUUUUCAGGUCAAACCAAAAUGCUGAAAUUUCAGCUAAAAAUGGAAAGAAUCCGGAAAUUUUUCAUGGAGAAAUGGCUAGUCCCGUAUUGAAAGCUGGCGGUCACGUACAAACACAAGAGGAACUAAUGAAAAAGGACAAAGUACUCGAAAGAGUUGUCGGUGAUGCUUUAGCCAAAUACUUUGCUCCGACCUUAUCGGAGCCUGCUCCGUUACCAGGCAAAGUCGACAAACCCAAAGCCAAGAAAACAAAGAUUUUAGGAGUAGCAAAGCCUAUUUUAAAAACAAACUCUUAUUUUAAACUUUCAAAUUUGUUUCCUCUCACUUCGCCAUUAACUCUUCAAGAUGGAGCUUUGAGUCCGUUGUUCACUAUGUCCUGUCCGAAAGGCAGCAAACCCGAUUCCAACCAUGCUCUGUGGAAAUGGAAUCUUGGCGGCCCAGUCGUUCGCGAUUCUCCAGAUUUAUUGAAACCCAAAAUAUUAAAUAAGAAACCGAUUUCUACGUUGAAGCUAAGUGUUGAAAAGGUGCGAAAACUCAAGCGCAAGCGGACGAAACCGUUGGCGAGUAAAAAGCCGCCAUCGCUUUGGCGUGCUUCUGUUUGUAACGACAUCACAAGCGUUUCCUUCCCGGCCGACUCAGCUAAAGAAAGUGUUCCAAAUGCUACAGAGACUGAAAUUCUUUAUUGGCAAGUUAAGUCUGAUGCUGUUUCGUGUUCAGCCGGAGUAAAAGUGAGUUAGCUAGCGUAUGAGAAGAUACUUUGCAUGCUAGACACGAACCGCUAUCUACGCGAAAUAAUUUAACAACAUUGCACAAAAAGUAAGCUUACGUAUAUUAUCAAGUCUAUAUUUCGUCGAUUUUGUUUUCAGCCGCUGUAGAAAAAACUAAUACUCACGAAUUUCAUAUAGUUUUGGCCUUCUGUGUGUUAUUUACAUGAAUGAAUUCUUUCGAUGUUAGCUUCAAUACAUCUGAUGUACAGUAAGUUUCCAUUACUCUUCGAAACAUGCGUCUGCGUCAAUUAAUUGCAGCCAAGGGCUUUUUCCACUCGAACUGGCCAAUGUUGGCAACAUAUUCUUCCGAAGUCUUCAUGUGAAUUUAAAAUGUUCGAAAAUGCUACUCUUAUGUUUCCGAUUUUCGUCAUUGCAUUACAUUUUAAAGGGUUGAUAAGGAAAAAGACACAGGGUCAGUCAGCUAUGGUAGUUCUUCAUUAAUAUUGAACAUCUCAUGAUCACUGAUUUUUCAGUCAAACGUUUAUUUAAACUUUUUUUUCCCUGAAAUCCUCCAUAGGUAAAUUACUCUGUGGAAAUUGAGAAACAAAAGAACCGUUUUCAAACCAGCACAAUUGAUAGUCUCUUAUACGUCAAGAUUUUGUUUAUUCAAAGGAAAUAUUUUAAAACGCUGAUAUUUCUUUCCUAUGCAACUUGUCGUUUAAGGUGAAUCAAAACGUUUAGUUUGUAUUUAACCAUCUUUAUGUCAUCAUUUGAGUCAGUAGGUUGUCUCCUUUAAUCAUUUCUUGAUGUCUCAAAAAUUUUUCAAGUAGAUCUUUCUCCCCUCACAUUUAUCUAUAUCAUGGUUACUAAUUAAAUGUGUUACUGUUUCAAAAUAAAUCAUGGUUAAAAAAUUUA